GAGGAAUCCAAGAUGAAUUUGGAGCAGGAGAGGCCGUUUGUCUGCAGUGCCCCGGGCUGCUCUCAGCGCUUCCCAACAGAGGACCAUCUGAUGAUUCAUAGGCACAAGCAUGAAAUGACUUUGAAGUUUCCCUCAAUAAAAACAGACAAUAUGUUAUCAGAUCAGACUCCGACCCCAACGAGAUUCCUGAAGAACUGUGAGGAAGUGGGGCUCUUCAAUGAGCUGGACUGCUCCCUCGAGCAUGAGUUCAGGAAGGCUCAGGAGGAGGAGAGCAGCAAGCGGAAUAUCUCGAUGCAUAACACAGUUGGUGGGGCCAUGGCAGGGCCCGGAGCUCACCAGCUUGGCAGCACCCGGAUGCCCAACCAUGACACCAGCGUUGUGAUUCAGCAAGCCAUGCCGUCACCCCAGUCCAGCUCUGUCAUCACCCAGGCACCUUCUACCAACCGCCAGAUCGGGCCUGUCCCAGGCUCUCUAUCUUCUCUGCUACAUCUCCACAACAGACAGAGACAGCCCAUGCCAGCCUCCAUGCCUGGGACCCUGCCCAACCCGACGAUGCCGGGAUCUUCUGCCGUCUUGAUGCCAAUGGAGAGACAGAUGUCCGUGAACUCCAGCCUCCUGGGAAUGCAAGGUCCAAAUCUCAGCAACCCCUGUGCUUCUCCCCAGGUCCAGCCAAUGCAUUCAGAAGCCAAAAUGAGGUUGAAGGCCGCGUUGACUCACCACCCAGCUGCCAUGUCAAAUGGGAAUAUGAACACCAUGGGACACAUGAUGGAAAUGAUGGGCUCCCGGCAGGACCAGACGCCACACCACCACAUGCACUCACACCCACAUCAGCACCAGACACUGCCAGCCCAUCACCCAUACCCACACCAGCACCAGCACCCAGCACACCAUCCUCACCCUCAACCCCAUCACCAGCAGAACCACCCACAUCAUCACUCCCACUCCCACCUUCACGCGCACCCUGCACAUCACCAGACCUCGCCACACCCACCCCUGCACUCCGGCAACCAAGCACAGGUCUCACCAGCGACACAACAGAUGCAGCCAACCCAGACAGUACAACCGCCCCAGCCCACAGGGGGGCGCCGGCGGAGGGUGGUGGACGAGGAUCCCGACGAGAGGCGGCGGAAAUUUCUGGAACGGAACAGGGCGGCUGCCACCCGCUGCAGACAGAAGAGGAAGGUCUGGGUGAUGUCACUGGAAAAGAAAGCAGAAGAACUCACCCAGACAAACAUGCAGCUUCAGAAUGAAGUGUCCAUGUUGAAAAAUGAGGUGGCACAGCUGAAACAGUUGUUGUUAACGCAUAAAGACUGUCCAAUAACAGCCAUGCAGAAAGAAUCACAAGGAUAUCUAAGUCCGGAGAGCAGCCCUCCUGCCAGUCCUGUCCCAGCUUGCUCUCAGCAGCAGGUCAUCCAACAUAAUACCAUCACCACUUCCUCUGCAGUGAGCGAGGUGGUGGGAAGUUCCACCCUCAGUCAGCUUACCACUCACAGAACAGACCUGAAUCCCAUCCUUUAAAAUCCGCCGGUGGGUCAGACCUUGCCUCCAAGAAGAGCUGUCGCAUAUCAUGCGUCCUUUCUUUUAAGGGCAUUUUUAGAAUUAACUCAGACCUGGAAGACUCCUCAGCCCUUCAGAGACUGGCUUUCAUUUUUAUAGUUAUUAUGGAAAUGUCGUCUUUUAUACUUAGUUAUAUAAGAAAAAAAGGGAGUUAUGCAAUUAAUUAAUCUAUCAGCUUGGGAAAUGCUUUGGUGCUUUUCUCCAAUUUUCUGGUACCAGUUAACUUGUUUAUAAACUGAACUCUUUCUGUAUAUAGACACGGUUUCAUUCUUACCAGUCCAGCCCUUUGCCUGAAACAUUGAAUCUUGUUAAACCGCAGCUUUUAGCCAAAAUGAGGCAUACCUAGAUGUCACGUAAACAGAUGCAAGGUAACUGGGUGGUGAGUCUGAUGACAUCGUAACACACGUUGAGUUUGCGCUGUGAUGUCGCCAGAGUUCCAGAUAAACACAGAGCCUUUUCCAUAUUUUUUUCUCUUCCUAAAAAAAUUAUAAGAUCUGCUGAUGUCCAAAUAAAACCACCGAGCAUUUCGCCCCCUCUCCUCCUCCUCUUGGUCCACUUCCUCGAUUUGUCCUCUAAUUUCCUCCAGUCUUCCUUUCCAUUGCCACUUUUCCCUGGGCUCCCUGUGUAUUCUUCAUUUUUACUUUCUUCUGUUUUAUUUUUCCCCCUUUAGCAUUGCAGGUAAAGAAGAAAAUAAUGCUUAAAGGAAAAAAAAAAAAGCAAAUCUCAAAAAUAAGGAUCUAGCCAUUGCUUUUCUUGCCUGUAACCCACAGCUGGAGUUCAUUCACCUCUUGCUUUUUACAAAAUGGUAAGCAGGAGAUGUUUAAUGUGCCUGAUGUAAGGUUUUUAAUAAUCAGAGCAAAUAAAAGGUGGCUUAGCCAUAGGUAAGGCACUGUUGAAAGCCAGCUGUGGAGAUACCAGGGAAGGGAGCCUUGUAAGCCUCGAUUGUGAAGGUCCAGAUUAUGAUGCGGGCUAUAACAUCACACCCUUGAAUUACAACUGGUUUUAUAUGGCCUGUCUAUAAGGUUGAAAAUCCAUAUGCUAUAUAAUGAUUCAGAAGGGCUCUAUUCACUA